AAAUACAUGGUCCAUUGCUUUUGUCAGAUCUCGAUGCUUUCAGCGAACCCUAAUCUAUCUCCAUGUGUUCCAAAUUCCCAAUUGGUCACCUUCUCCAAUUCAGUUCAAAACACUCCUCCUUGAAUUUCCAUUUCUGGAUAUUAUGAAAAAUAUAGGGAAUUGAUUGUUAUAAGGAGUAAGGAUGUCUAAGAUGGGUAUGAAGAGUGAAUCUGGAAGACAUUCGAAAAGGGGUUUUAGUUUAAGGUCGAGAUCAUUAAGGACUUUUGAGGAGAUUCCAGUGACUUUGAGAGAAGAUGGUUUGAAGGAGAGUAGCUGGGCCAAUAUUCCUCCUGAGAUCUUGAGGGAAGUACUGAAGAAGAUUGAGUCAUCUCAAACAACAUGGCCUCUUCGGCAAAAUGUUGUUUCUUGUGCAGGUGUUUGCAAGGGUUGGCGAGAUAUGAUGAAGGAUAUCGUCAAGAUUCCUCAACUUUCGGGCAAAUUGACAUUCCCAAUAUCCUUGAAACAGCCUGGUCCAAGGAAUAAUACUCUUAUUCAUUGCUAUAUCAAACGGAACAGUAGCAACCAGACGUAUUACCUUUAUCUAAAUCUUCAUGAAGCUUCCAAUGAAGAUGGGAAGUUUCUCCUAGCUGCAAAGAAGUAUCGACGGCCAACAUGCAACGAUUACAUCAUCUCCUUAAAUUCUACUGGCAUCUCGAAGGAGGGAAACUCAUAUAUUGGGAAAUUGAGAUCUAAUUUUCUGGGUACAAAGUUCACUAUUUAUGAUGCCUUGCCGCCAAAUAAUGAAGUAAAAGUUGCAAAAAGCCUUUCAACAAGGCUAUUGGGCAUUAAACGAGUUUCUCCUACAGCGCCGGUUGGGAAUUAUUCUAUAGGCUGCAUUUCUUAUGGCUUGAAUGCCUUAGGUUCCAGAGGUCCAAGAAGUAUGCAAUGCACCAUGGACUCCAUCCCAGCAUCUUCAAUCGAGCCUAGAGGAGUGGCCCCAAUUCAAACUGAAUUCCCACGUACAAAUUUUGAAUCCUACCCCUCACCCCUUCCCUUUUUCAGAUCAAAAUCUACUCGCACAGAAGCAAUCCAAUCCGAAAAAGAGAAAAUGCUUUUCAUGAAAAAUAAGUCUCCUAAGUGGCACGAUCGGCUUCAGUGUUGGUGUUUGAAUUUCAAUGGUCGUGUUACAGUUGCAUCUGUGAAGAACUUUCAGCUUGUUGCUUACUCAGAAGGAGAUAGAGAUGGAGAAGGAGAAGGAGGAGGAGUUGAGCAUGAAGAUGUUAUUCUUCAGUUUGGUAAGGUUGGAAAGGAUCUGUUCACUAUGGAUUAUCAAUAUCCUAUUUCUGCGUUUCAGGCCUUUGCUAUCUGCAUCAGCAGCUUCGAAACUAUGAUUGCUUGUGAAUGACUAAAUGCAGUAAGUUUCUUUGCCUUCUUUCAAGACUAAGAUUACUUAUUUUUUUCAGUUUGAAAUGGGUUGAUUUUCAUCUUAACUAGCUAAUGUUAUUGAGUGAAGAUUGAAUGGGUUGUGUAAGAAUGGGAGAUGUCUCUUAUCAUACUGCUGCUUUGAAGGAGUUCUACCUGGUUGGUUUGUUUUCUUU